AUGUGCUGCUCUCGGCCUGCCCUUUUUCUGUGGCUUGCCUGUGCAUUGGUGUGUCAAAGCUACAAGUUCGUGGAGCUGCAGGAGAUUUUUACCAACGGAGCUGUGAAAUGGGAGCCCUUCUCCAUGGCAGGCAUUCAAUAUAUUGCUGUUUGCAAUCACUUCGCCGACUCCAAGAUCUACAAGUGGGACGAUGCUCAGAGCACCUUCUUGGAGAUGCAGAGCAUUCCUACACAAGGUGCUUUGGGUUCCACAGCCUUCUCUAUGGACGGCAUUCAGCACCUCGCGAUCGCCAAUUCCUUCGAUGGCAGUUCCUACAACAUUGACUCCAAGGUUUACAAGUGGGACGAUACGCGCAGCACCUUCUUGGAGAUGCAGAGCAUUCCUACACAAGGUGCUUGGGGUUGGGCAGCUUUCUCCAUGGAUAGCAUUCAACACCUCGCCGUGGCCAAUCAUUUCGAUGGGAGUUCUUGCAACAUUAACUCCACGAUCUACAAGUGGGACCAUGCCACCAGCACCUUCUUGGAGAUGCAGAGCAUACCUACUAGUUUUGCUCGCGGUUGGGCAGCCUUCUCCAUGGACGGCAUUCAGCACCUCGCUGUGGCCAAUCGCUAUGACGGCAGUUCCUACAACAUUAACUCCAAGGUCUACAAGUGGGACAACGCCAGCAGUACCUUCUUGGAGAUGCAGAGCAUUCCCACAAAAGGCGCUGUCGGUUGGACAGCCUUCUCCAUGGACGGCAUUCAGCACCUCGCUGUGGCCAAUGAAAGGGAUAGCGCUGGUUCUCACAAUGUUGACUCCAUGAUCUACAAGUGGGACGAUACGCGCAGCACCUUCUUGGAGAUGCAGAGCAUCUCCACAAAAGGCACUCCCGCCGGUUGGGCAGCGUUCUCUAUGGACGGCAUUCAGCACCUCGCCGUCGGCAAUUACUUCGAUGGCAGUUCCAACAACCUUGACUCCAAGGUUUACAGAUGGGACGAUACGCGCAGCACCUUCUUGGAGAUGCAAAGCAUUCGUACAGUAGGUGCUUGGGGUUGGGCAGCGUUCUCCAUGGACGGCAUUCAGCACCUCGCACUUGCCAAUCGUCAAGAUGGGGAUGUCAGAUCUUGGUCGUUGGCCGCCCUGGGCGGCUACCUGGUUCGAGAUCCCGUCAAUCCAGCGAAGCACCGCAGAGCUUUGGAAUUUCCAUUGAAGAUGGUCCAAGCAACUCUGACAGACCACGAGGUUCAGCAGCGACAGCAUCCUCAGCAACCCCAGCAGAUGCUCUAUGCGAUGGAAGCGCAUCAGCGCGCCAUUUUGGUUGGCUAUUCAGCGCCGUGCGGUGCAGGCACAUUGAUGCCAUUGAAGCGCUCGCAGUGUCCGUCCACGUCCGAAGCAAUAGAGCUUCCAGCUUGUCAUGCAUUUCUUGUCGCGGACAAGGUGUGCGAAGCCGAUGCAGAGGUUGACGACGGAAGCUGUUUCGUCUCGAAGGAGUUGGACAACUGUGGCGACUUCGACGCCUACAGAAUGGAGCAGCUCGCCUGCGGGGCGAUCGGUUGCAAAGCUCUAAGCCACAUCCUCUGGGUGGCUGCUCUCAUUUCCUUCGGUGCAACGGUGGGAUGGAACGCAGGCUUCUAUGCUCUUCGUUUAAGAUUGCAAGUGCACCAGCCAUCACGGCUGCAGAACCGUUUCGUGGCAUUUUUUGCAUUCCUGGCGGUGUUGCUCGUGACCACCAUCUUCGUGGGAUUUGCAGGUGACAGUGGGGCGGUGUUGGCAAUGGCCUUGCUGUGCCCUCUGCUGCCGGUGACUGCGUGGGCGCUCGCUGCAGGGUUCGUGUUCUUACCACUUCAAGGCCAGGAGGCGAUCGAGUCCACAGGGGCUGCUCUCGAGCUUCCAAUUUUCAACGUCUUAGUCGCUUUCAAUUUGUCAGUGGACGACGUCGAACGGCUCAAUAGAGACCGCACUCCUCUCAACAUGGGGCUCAGGGUCGUCGAAGACAUUCCGGAGCUCGUCAUCGGCCUCGUGGACUUAGUCUACUUCGGGGGAUCCUGGUACGCGUGGUUCGGAAUUUUGAUGUCAAUGGCAAUGCUGGUGUUCGACUUGCUCCUGAGUGUCAUGCUACAAUGCCUACAGUCCGCGUUGAAGAUUGCACGGAAGCCUCGGGACAGGGAGUGA